AUGACGACCGCGAUGAUAUUUGUUCAGGAUCAUAACUUCAGCCGAAUAAAAUGUCGGGCAUUUUUAGACACGUGCGCUACAGCUAAUUUUAUUUCGGUAAAUUUCGCGAAACACUUGAAGCUUCCGGUAUCGCCAUGCGCAGUGUCGGUCGGUGCGAUUAAUUCUAUGAGUACGGUAACAAAGGGUGUUGUGCGGAUAAUCAUUCAAGCGCGACAUGACGAAUUCACUAAAGAAUUAACGUGUUUAAUCGUCCCGACGAUCUCGGAUUUAGUCCCGUCGGAAGUUUUCUCGCGAAAGGGUGUAAAAAUAUCAGAAAACAUUAAUCUAGCCGAUCCAGAAUUUCAUUUACCACGUCCGGUAGAUUUAUUGAUCGGGUCCGGUACAACAUUAUCAUUAUUUUCACCCGGUCAGGUCAAUUUAUCCUCUAGAGACCGCGAUCUCUAUUUGCAGAAUACUCGGCUUGGUUGGGUCGUAGCCGGCGGACUCACGACCGGAAGUAAUUAUACAAUUAGUCAUUUAUGUACACUAACGGACUUAGAAACACAAAUCGCUAGAUUUUGGACAGCCGAAGAAAUACCAAACGAUUCGUCAGAUUCAGUCGCGCGACACGAUUGUGAAGCACACUUUUGA